GGUUGAUUCAUUUGGUUUUUUUCAUCUCAAGACUUCGCUUCCUCAGAUCGUUGAGAAAUCCCAAGACUCAUCCUGUAAUCAGUUUUCUAGCAGCCAAACAGAAAAUAAUAUUUUUUCCCGUAGAAAAUGAUUGGAGCUGGGAAGAUAAAGCAAUACUCAAACAUCCUUGAGAAGCCCCUCAGCAAGGGCAAACAAGAGGUUAGCUUAAGUGCGUUUGCAUUCUUGUUUUCUGAGCUUGUUCAAUACAAUCAAACACAGGUUGACAACAUUGCUGAAUUAGAAAGAAGGCUGGAGGAUGCUGGGUAUGCGGUUGGGGCUCGAGUUCUUGAACUUUUAUGCCAUAGAGAUAAGGGAAACAGAAGAGAGACACGAUUGUUGGGUAUUUUAUCUUUUGUGCACAGCACUGUCUGGAAGGUGCUAUUUGGAAAGGUGGCUGAUUCACUUGAGAAGGGCACUGAACAUGAAGACGAAUACAUGAUCAGUGAGAAGGACCUCCUUGUGAACAAGUUUAUUUCAGUUCCAAAAGACAUGGGGACCUUUAAUUGUGGGGCAUUUGUUGCUGGAAUAGUGAGAGGUGUUUUGGAUGGGGCAGGAUUUCCAGCAGUAGUAACAGCUCAUUUUGUACCCAUGGAGGGACUGCAUAGACCUCGGACAACUAUCUUGAUAAAGUUCGCUGAAGAGGUUUUGCAAAGAGAAGCGAGGUUAGGUUGAAUGUUAUCCGUCGUUGCCCAUGUCCGCGACACGAUGAUUGAACAACGAACUUCAGCUGCGUCCUUAAUCUAACAUGGAUCAGCCAAUUAGUGAUGGCUUGUAUAUUAUUUUCUUUUAUGGUUGCAAGAGAUUCCCGCAAGUGAGGUAAAAGUAAAAUGCCCUCGUAUUGGAUUAUUACCCAGGAGAAUACGAGUUUGUUUGUCUCGUGGAAUAUAUUUUG